GUUUCCUUCCCUCCUCUCCAGCCGGACAAGCGGCCUUUCCCCCCGGGGCUUCGUGGAGUUUUCUCGGGGAAAGCCGGGAGCGAGGCGCGGCCGGAUCAGAGGCUAAAAAUGGCACUUGGACACUGUGAAACCAGUGAGGUUCUGAGAAUUACUGCUGAGCAGGAGCAUGCCCUUGGUGGUGAUGGCACAUCAGGAUCCAGGAUGAUGGACCAAAGCUUGUCAGCUCUCAUCACAGAGUAUGGAAAACAGGUGGAGGAAAUGAGAGAGCAGCUGCAGCUUUAUCAGGCACAAAUGGGUGGGAUGAAGAAAAAAUUGGAAGAAGUUACCAAGGAAAAUGAAAGGCUGCAUGCAGAGUUGAAAGAGCCUCUUGAGAAGCAACUGCAGGCUCUUCCUUUUGUGCAUCUGGAAACUGAUAUUCCUGCAGAUGAAGGCACAGUGAGAACCCUCCAAGAGGAGCUACGUGUGGCAAAGCAAGAGAGAGACCAAGCAGUGGAGCGCUGGCAGACACUGUCCCAGGAGCACGACCGGCUUCAGCAGCAGUACCAGGAGCGCCUGACCAGAACACACCUUCUCAUAGCUGAGAGGAAAAAGCAGAGUGAGCAGCUGAGUAGCAUUCAGCAGCUGACUCGCCAACUGCACGUGACCAAUCAGCAGUUUCUGAAAACUGUGACAGAACAAGAUGUGGAACUAGAGCAGCUACAAAAACAGCUGAGGCAAGCCAAAAUAGAUGGGCAGGCAGCAAAUGCUAAGCUUGAAGAAAUGAUGGCAUUGAAAGAGAAGCUUCAGAGCCAAUUGGAGAGAAAGGAAGAAGACAGGAUGUCUGCCCAGGAGAGAGAAACAGCAUCUGACAAACGCUUGCAGCAAAUGCAGUCCAACAUAAAACAGCUGGAAAUAAGAUUGUGUGUGGCUGUUCAAGAUGCUGAACAGCUGAGAACAGAAAAAGUAGCCCUGGAGGAACAGAUCACAGAGCUUCAGGCCAAGUCUGCCAGUCUAGAAAGUGAGACAUAUGAUGCUGUUGCCAAAGUCCAAGAUUGCAUACAGCUCUUGGAAGAAGCUAACCUGCAAAAAAGUCAGGCACUCUUUGGGGAGAAAAAAAAGGAAGAAGAGAUCAAAAAACUGCAGGAUGAAAUGUCUCAACUUGCAGAAAAUACUGCUGCAAGAAUUAGAAAGGAAGUGGACACUGCAAAGAAGCAAUGUAACAUGCAGGUUUCUCGGCUGACAGAAGAAGUUUCAGCUCUUCAGAUGGAAUGUGCAGAAAAACAAAGUCAACUUGAACGAGCCAUUAGAGAAAAGAGAGCAGUGGAAGAAGAACUUGAAAAGAUUUACAGGGAGCACAGAGAGCACGAAUCUGACAGCAGGAAGCUGGAGCAGCUGCAUCAGAAGUAUUUACUUGCAGAAGCUGCCAAGGAUGACCUGCAGCGGGGUCUGCAGGUGACACAAAACAAACUGAAACAGCUGGAAAUGAACUCUGAGGAAGAGAAAUCCCGUUGCCAGGAAGUUAUCAGUAAAUUGCAAAGCACUCUGGAUUCAGAAAGAGAAAAGAGUUCCUUUGUCAGUGAACAAAGACUGAAACUUCAGCAGGAGAAUGAACAAUUGCACAAUGAAAUGGAGGGUUUGAGAAAACUGGCAGUGGAGGCUCAAAAAAAAGCUAAAAUCAAGAUAAGCACAAUGGAGCAUGAGCAUGCAGUGAAAGAACAUGGGUACGAAGCUCGGCUCAGGGAGCUGCAGGACACCAGCCACAAGUCCAGCACUGAGCUCAGACGUCUCUUGGUAGCUCAGCAGAAAGCAACAAACAGGUGGAAAGAAGAAACAAAGAACCUCACUGAAACUGCAGAAGCCAGGAUCAGUAAGCUGAAAAGUGAGCUGCGUCAACAAAAACUCCGGAGCCAGGAGCUCAUUUCCCAGCUGGAAAUAGCAAAUGAGAAGGUAACUGAGGAUGAGACGCUGAUGAUGGAGUACCGGGAAUACAUCGACAGGCUGCAGAGGCGGCUGAGCCAGGCAGAACAGAGAGCAGCCACAGCAUCCCAGCAGGUACCCAGCCCACAAAAAGUCUUAUCCAGGCACUUGGAAUGUGCAAAAGUACUCACUGUGCAUCAUUCCUGAGGCAGAGGUGAUCACUCAUGAGCAUUAUUACCAACACGACUUUUACAAGUUUGUAUUUUGGACAUGUCACCUUCUGACAGCGUAUUUGACAGCUUAGGUUUAUUUGUGGAAUUUGAUAUGAAUGAAACCUGCAAGGUUCAAAAUGUGUGAAUGAAGGUGUACAUGGCAAGUUAGCAAAGACAAAAAAACUUUAAAUAACUGUAGCUCCUGUUUGCUGGAGUGCACCCACUGCAGUUACCACUGGCUGUGUGCAACAGCUGCAGCAGCUCCUGCAGUGGUAAAAAUUGUGCAGACAGAGUAGGAAAUGCUUGUUUCUUUCCAGGCCAUUGGAGAGGUAAAGGAGAGAGAGUGGAUUCCUCUUGGUAUUCAAUUUUUCCAUAGUGUUUCAGCUGUACAAUUUGAAGCAAAUCCCACAGGGGUUCAUACACUGAGUUCAGUUUUUGUGCCAAGGAAGUUCAUUACUCAAGUUGGCCUCCUAUUAAGUAAAGAUGGUCUUUCUGCCUCCUGCUUUUUUUUUUUUUUUACAGUGAUUUAGGAAAACCAUUUGCAAAUUACAGCUUGUUAAUGUGGGUGACCCCAUGUGAGCU